AUGGCUGACCACAGCUCCCCGCCGGUGCAUGGGCCCAGCUCUGACGACGUCUCAGACGACUUUCAUCCAGCUAACGAGUGGCUCGAUGGCGGGGAUGAUGACGACGACGAUAUGGACUACGACCCCGAGACCGAUUUGACAAACCCAAUGUUAUUCUUUGACGCAGACGACGGUGAAGACGAUGACGACGGUGAAGACGAUGACGACGAUGACGACGACGACGACGAAGAUGAAGACGAGGAGGAUAGCCAAGAUGAUAGAGCUGCGACUGCAGGAAUCUUUCGUGAUCAACAAGGCAAUAUUCAAAUCGAGUUGACAAUGGGUCCUUUGAGCGACGAACAAACAGGGGAAGAUCCUAAUUCCCGACAAGCAAGAGUGACUCCAGCACAAAUACUCCAGCUUCUAGACACCCGGGGACUUCAGCGAAUCCUUCAAUCACACGGUAUUUUUGGUCGUGGCCUGUUUGCUGCCGAUGAUGAUGAUGAAGAUGAUGGCUAUGGGUACGAUUCUGCUCGACUCCGCAGACGACGACAAAACCGUGCAGCACGUCACGAUUUUCCGAAGGUCCCCAGCGAGAAUGGGAUAGCAUUGAUGAACUCCGGAUUCUACGGCAACAACCCCGACUAUGUGGAUGUGCUAAAGAGGCGCAAGAGGAAAUUGGCAACGAGGAUGAUGUGGCGUGAGCUUGGUAUUGGAGCGCCUGGACAGAGGAAACGAGAUACACGGUUGGUACUUCAGGAUAUGAUCCCCGAGACUUCGGCAGAAAAAGUCAUCCACUACGAUGCCCGAUGCUAUUCGGGCCAAUUCUCGGACGACGGGAACUUCUUCUUCUGCUGCGGGCAGGAUUUCAAGGUGCGGAUGUAUGACACCUCCAAUCCCCACGACUGGAAAUAUUACAAGACGGCCCGCUUCAUCGGGGGUCAAUGGACCAUAACAGAUGCCACCUUGAGUCCGGAUAAUAAAUACCUUGCGAUAAGCUCGAUUCAACGACAAGUAACUUUGGCUCCGACAGACCCCAAUGACACUUCUGACCCUAUAUUACUUGAUUUUUCAGCACGACAACGAGAGUCUUAUCGUCGUUUUGGCAUAUGGUCUCUCCGAUUCUCCGGUGACGGCAGAGAAAUUGUGGCUGGCACAUCCGACCAGUCAGUGAUCGUCUACGAUGUAGAGACGCAACAAUCAAUACUUCAACUACGAAACCACGAAGAUGAAGUCAAUGCGGUGUGUUUUGGCGAUUCUUCCUCGCCUCAUAUUCUCUACUCUGGAUCGGACGAUACCACAAUUCGAAUUUGGGACCGACGUUCCAUGAAUGACAAUCGCGAGGCCGGAGCCUUUGUAGGCCAUACAGAAGGUCUGACAUAUGUUGAUAGCAAAGGUGACGGCCGUUAUGUUCUAUCGAAUGGUAAGGAUCAAAUGAUGAAAUUGUGGGACUUGCGGAAGAUGUGCACAACCGAGCAACUCGACAAAAUCAAUAUUAGUCAUUACACCACCGGUUUUGACUAUAGAUAUAUGUCAUACUCAGAUGAAGACUACGCUCCUCACCCUCAUGACUGCUCUGUUGUAACCUUCCGAGGUCACCGCGUACUGAGAACUUUGAUCCGCUGCCACUUCUCACCCCCAUCUAGCACCAACUCUCGGUAUGUCUAUUCUGGCAGUGAGGAUGGCAAAGUGUAUAUAUACAAUAUCGAUGCGACUUUAGCUGGAGUCAUCGAUGUCGGGAGAGUGACUGCACAUUCGAGACCGCAGGAUCAGGGGCUAUUUGCGGAGUUCGAGAUGAGACGGGGUGAUGAUGCCUGGAAGACAUGUGUCCGUGAUGUGAGCUGGCACCCAUCUGCACCUGUAUUAGCCGCGACGUCUUGGAAUGGAUGGGGUAUGUCCUCCGGCACGUGUAGUGUACAUUCUUGGAAUGAUUCGGCGACUGAGGAUGAAGGUGAUCCUCCAAUGGGCUUGAGUUUUGACGAAAAGCUCAAUUAUCAUCGCGAGUUCAACAGCUAUCGCGAGAAUAUCCGAGAUAGAUUCAUGUGA